AUGCCUAAUCUACUAAUAGCAUCGAUUUCUCUAUUUAAAGGUGCCGAUGUAGUGUUGCUACAAGUGAAAUUUGGCAUAGUGAAAGAAAUUGGACAAUUCAAAUUCAUACGAAGUACGUUACCUAAAUGGAGUGUCUUGUCUGUCGCAAAUCUCACGGCCUGGUGCUCCGGGCCGAGGGGAUGUGCGUCAACACGUGACGUCCUUCUUUUGGAUGCGGUGCAGUUGUGCGCAGGCGUGCCAGCACAGUCUACCGUGCGUCGAGAUGAUGAUGAGGUUCGGGUAGAAGAUGGUUUAAAUGUUGCGCCUAUUUUGCGUUCGACUCCUAAUCAAACGAUCGUGGCCGAGAGAGGAACUGAUCUCGACCGUCAGGUUCAUGGCCUGAGCUACAAGGCCGUUUAG